AUGACGUCGCUAUCGAAAGUCAAGCAUGUCGUUCUAAUCCUGUCCGGCAAAGGCGGAGUCGGCAAGUCGUCUGUAACAACCCAGCUGGCCCUCUCCCUCGCUACUCUCGGUCACAAUGUCGGAGUUCUAGAUAUCGAUCUCACAGGACCAAACAUUCCUCGGAUGUUCGGUAUCGAGUCAUCUACCGUUUUAUCCGCACCAGGAGGAUGGAUUCCAGUAACUGUAGAUGGCGGGGAGACAUUGGAGAAGAGUGGUGGGAGUAUAAGGUGUAUGAGCUUGGGUUUCUUGUUAAGGGAUCGAGGAGACUCGGUCGUUUGGAGGGGGCCGAAGAAGACGGCUAUGGUCAGGCAGUUUUUGACAGAUGUUUUGUGGGGAGAGAUGGAUUAUUUGCUAGUUGAUACACCGCCAGGGACUUCGGACGAGCAUAUAUCAUUAGCAGAACAGCUUCGGACUCUAACGAUCGUAGACGGAGCAGUUAUUGUCACAACUCCGCAGGCGGUUGCAACAGCAGAUGUUAGGAAGGAGGUCAACUUCUGUAAGAAAGUCGGUAUUGAUAUUCUAGGUGUAGUCGAGAAUAUGAGCGGCUUUGUCUGUCCGCAUUGUGCAGAAUGCACGAACGUAUUUUCGUCUGGUGGAGGAAAGGUGUUAGCACAGCAGUUCGAAAUCGAUUUCUUCGGGGCCGUACCAAUCGAUCCUACGUUCGUCAUGAUGAUCGAGGGGGAAAUCAAAGACGAGGAGGGCAAGAAGGAGUCGCUGCUCGACAAGUAUCAGAAGAAUGCGCUGUCCCCAAUAUUCAAAGAUAUAGCUAGCAAGGUAGUGGCAAAGACCAUUCCGACGCCAGGGGAUGGGUGA